AUGAAGCGAGACAGCGCUUUCGAUCUAAGGAAUAUAACCUUAGACGCUGUAGUGUGUGCCCCAAUUGUAAUUCUAUCUGACGACGACGACGCCGAAGCUUUCCAAACAGGUCCCCGCCUCAAGAGGCCAGUUAAAAAUCUCAACCUGAUGAGGGGGCCUGCGUACGAAGAACAACGGGCAUCUGUGUUAGCGAAAAUGCUGUUUACUGGGGGGGAUGGGGUGGAAGAAGGUCGCCCCAGUGCAAAAAGACGACGGGCUGGAGCACAAAAUCAAAAGAUGUCGUCCGAACAGAGCAGCAGCAAGAAGCAACAACAACAACAGCAACAGCAACAACAACAGCUGCAACAACAGCUGCAGCAACAGCAGCAGCAGCAGCAGCAACAGCAGCUGCAGCUGCAGCAACAGCAGCAGCAGCUGCAGCAACAGCAGCAGCAACAACAGCAGCAGCAACAGCAGCAGCAACCAGAGUCUGAUGACCUUCUCCAGUUAGUAAUCCGACGGAAGGAGGCUCUUCAGGAAAAAGUUGUUGCUGAGAGGAAUGCUGUUGUAGCAGCAGAACAAAAUCUUGAAUCUUCAAUCAAUCAUGCUGAGGAUUUUCGGCGGAGAGUUGAAGCUUCAAAAGCUCAACUCGAAGCUUUGAAAACAAGAUUGGCAGCAGAAGAGCAAGAGUUGGAGGACGCCAACCAACAAGUGGCGCUACACCAGGUGGAUCUGCGUGUGCUGAUUGGUCGACCUGAAGAGACAGAAGUGAAAAUUGCCAAAGAUAAAGAGUUUUUUAAUAAUUUGUGGACAUAA